UUGAUUAUCGGUGACAUCGAGCAAAAAUCGAAACGACGUUCGAAUCUUUGUUUACAAAAUCAGAGAAGUUGUUUUAAAAAUUUGCCCUUGAAAUACAUCGAUUCGUUUCAAUAACAUUUAUUGAGUAUAAAACAUUAAAUUAUGAAUAUUUAUCUCAAAAGCUGUAUACCAAAAAAUCCGUACGCCAACCUAAUCUAUCGUACGAUCGGUUCUUCAGAAGUUGCCAGCGCACUGAGACCAUUCUACUUUGCCGUGCAUCCCGAUCUUUUUGGACGCUACCCGCAGGAACGGCAGGUUAAUGAGGACUCCUUGAAACUACUCAGCGCACACCUGGAAUCGUUGCUCAACCAGCGACGGAUACUUCACUCUACGCCAAAAACACUUCCCUUUUACGUAAGAGAUGCAAACCUACCGGAACAACGGGGGACAUUCAAUUUGAUAAAAGUGCCACUGGAGCAUACCACCGAUACAAAGCUUGUACUCAAAAGAAUUCUCGAAGCGUGCAACCUUCCAACGGAAUUUGUAGAUAAAAUGCCAUCCAGCAGCAGUUCCGGUAGGAAUGAUAGCAAUGCAGGACCAACGAUGGCUGAAUAUUUUUAUCGCAAAAGAGCGGGACGCGGAGCCGAGCAGGAUGAAUCACCAUUUGAAAGCGAGUUCGAUAUCUUUCAGUUCCGCGUGAAAAAAGCCAAAGAAAAUGAAUCGCUGGAGCAUUGGCUCCACAAGCAAAUCAUCACGGCAAAGGUUCGAACCAAAGCUCUGCAGGAGACGAAAGACGAGGUGGCAAAGCUGACCGAAUCCAUGGUCCAAUCUCUGGGUGUUAAAUAUAUUGAGUAUGACUGUGGUUGGAACGUGGAACAUUUUCGUGGUUGUUUAAAAAGUUUGGAAAGGCUAGUGGAGUUACAUCCGCAGGCGGUGGACGGGCUCAAGAACAGAGUUGUAGUGUUCGCUUCAUUCACUGGAGUGAGUCUUGAUGGACAUGUGAUGUUGUAUACCGGUGACGUUCAACGGAAUUGGUUAGAUCUACUUUUAAACAUUGAAAAACAUGAUGCAUAUCUCCGAAAGCUACCGGCAUACGAAUAUGCUCUGUCGCAAGUGUUGCGGAACAUUCGGAUAGGUCGCCGAAAAUUUAUGCCGAAAGCUCAAGCAAUGGCUUACGCUUCACACUUGCGUAAAAUAACGACCAGCUUGUUAGACUAUCUAAGCAAAGCGAAAUUUCCGAAAAUUUGGCCAACGGAUCUAUCGAAGUAUGAAAUCGUAGUCGAAUCGGAGGCUGGUCCCUUAAUGGUCAGUCCUACUGGGCAGCUGAUUGUGCCAGCAACUUGUCCCGGGACUAUUUUGAUUGAUUUUCUCACCAAUCAUAUGGACGAAGCGUACGAUAAGCAGCAAUCGUACAAUCGCCAGAAACAUGUGGAGCGGGAUCUGCAUAUUCAAUGUUUGCAGCAGUUUCAUCUGCUUUCAUUGAGUAAGGACGACUCUGUGACACCGGAUCGCAUGAUCGAGUGCCUGGAAAAGCUGAUUACCACCCGCGGAUUGGAGUUGAACGAUAUUAAUCUCAACAUAACGACGUACUACUCGGUGCUGAACGAUGGAACUGUUUGCAUUCCGUGGGAUUGGAAGUAGGUUAGUAAAUUUAAUAAUAACCUCGUCUUCGUUCAAUUGAAUCUGUGUCAAAGGCUUUAUUUUUUGUUUUUCAUAUUUGUACAGUAAAUAGUCGAAGUUAUUUAAUAAAUUAAUGACAAUAAAAUUAGAAAUAAAACAG